AUGUUACGCAAUAUAGCUUUCCAUGGCUACACUUUAUGGCUUUUUACGUAUAGCGACUUGAAAACCAUGGUUUUCCCAAGCACGUUCUUCGCAACUUCAAUCUAUCUCGCUAAAGAGAUCUCUCAACCUGAUCACGACAUACCCAGGAUCACUGGUCGGCUGCUCUCACGCAUUCCGCAGACACUGCUAUGGACUUGGAUCAACUGUCUAGCAUUCAACGUCAACAACCAGAGACUCCCGCAUGCCAUUGAAGAGGAUUCUCUGAACAAACUAUGGCGUCCUAUGCCCUCAAAGCGCCUUACCAUCAACCAAGCCAACCUUCUUGCAGCUGUAGUAUAUCCAAUCGCAGUGCUUUCGAGCUUGACUCUUACACGGGGUUUAAUCUCGUCAAUCUUCUUGGUUUUGUUUGGCUAUCUAUACAAUGAUCUUCGGUUCGGCGAUCACAGCAUCAUUUCUCGAAACAUCCUGAAUGCUUGCGGCUUUACUUCCUUUGCAGCUGGAGCUCUGGAUACUAUGGCAGGCACUUUCUUUCACUCCAAUAUGAUUGCAUGGCUUGCAGUCAUUGGACUUGUGAUUCUCACGACUGUGCACAUCCAAGAUAUGUACGAUCAGAUAGGCGAUGCCGCAGCUGGCCGACUGACAGUGCCACUCGUGUUUGGAGAUAUCAUUGCUCGCAUCACAAUAGUCCUCCCUGUGCUUGUAUGGAGCUUGGUCUGUCCCAGAUAUUGGGAUGUUAAGUUUAUUGGUUACGGUACUGUGGGGGUGUUGGGAGUGGUUGUUGUCAUGAGGCUACUGCUUGUGAGAACGGUUAAGGGUGAUCGGAAUACCUUCAUAAUUUAUAACUUCUGGCUGGCCUCCAUUUACAGUCUACCGUUAAUCGCAUUCAUGUAA